AUGUUUGGAGCAACAGUGGGCUCAUUGAAGAUGAUUUUAAAAACCACUGAUCCCUUGAGCAAAACAACGGUGUGGCAACAGUCAGGAAAUCAAGGGGAUGAGUGGCAGGUGGUGCAGACUCAUGUGACCUUACAGAAAGUCCACCAAGUGAUUCUGGAGGCGACGGUAGGAGGAGGGGCAGGGGACAUAGCUCUUGAUGACAUCUCAUUCGUCAGCGGGCCGUGUCCUGCCUCAGAUUCUGCAGGAACCCUGGGUGUCGGACUUGCAGUUGGGCUGACUCUGACGGCUGCAGUUGUCAUCUGUGUUGUUUUGUUUAUGCUGAACAGGAAGAGCUGUCCAAUGAGGAAGCCAAACAUUACAAAUGCCGAGGUUGACCAGAACUCUGUGUUUGACCUCUAUGACUGCAAAAUAGAGGGUACACAACAUGGACGUGAAUCGGAUUUUUCGUUCUUCAACAAUUUGUACAAUCCAUCCUCACACACGGACGACAUGGUUAUGUCUGAUGCUUAGUGCAGUUUCUUCUGACUCUGUCAGAAGAAGUUGUGGGUUUAGUUCAAUUAUAAGUCAGA